CAGCCCCGGGGCGGAUGGCUCGGGCCGCCCGGCUUCGCAGCGCGUCCCUGCGCGCCCUCCUGCUCCCACUAUUGCUGCUACUGCUGCUGCCGCCGCCGCUGCUGGCCCGGGCCCGGCCGCCGGACGCCCACCAUCGUCACCCUGGGAGGAGAGAGCCCCAGCCUUGGCACGCAGCUCUACACGGUAGCCUGGCUCCCGUGCCUGCUGCCAGGGAGAGCACCCAGCCUUCUGGCAGCCCCAGGCCUCCUCGCUGUGGUGUGCCAGACCCACCAGAUGGGUUGAAUGCCCGUAACCGACAGAAGCGGUUUGUGCUGUCCGGCGGGCGCUGGGAGAAGACGGAUCUCACCUAUAGGAUCCUGCGUUUCCCAUGGCAGCUGGUGCGGGAGCAGGUACGGCAGACCGUGGCAGAAGCCCUCCAGGUAUGGAGCGAGGUGACACCACUCACCUUCACUGAGGUGCACGAGGGCCGUGCCGACAUCAUGAUCGACUUCACCAGGUACUGGCAUGGGGACAAUUUGCCCUUUGAUGGGCCCGGGGGCAUCCUGGCUCAUGCCUUCUUUCCCAAGACCCACCGAGAAGGGGACGUCCACUUCGACUAUGACGAGACCUGGACCAUUGGGGACAACGAGGGCACGGAUCUGCUGCAGGUGGCAGCCCAUGAAUUUGGCCAUGUACUGGGGCUGCAGCACACAACCGCAGCUAAGGCGCUGAUGUCCCCUUUCUAUUCCUUCCGAUACCCGCUGAGCCUCAGCCCAGAUGACCGCAGGGGCAUCCAGUACUUGUAUGGGCGGCCCCAGCCAGCCCCCACCUCCAAGACCCCUGCUCUGGGCCCCCGGGCUGGGAUGGAUACCAAUGAGAUUGCUCCGUUGGAGCCAGAAGCUCCCGUAGACGCCUGCGAGGCCUCCUUCUUUGAUGCAGCAGCCACCAUCCGAGGAGAGCUGUUCUUCUUCAAAGCGGGUUUCGUGUGGCGGCUGCGCGGGGGCCGGCUGCAGCCAGGCUACCCUGCUCUGGCCUCUCGCCACUGGCAGGGACUGCCCAGCCCUGUGGACGCGGCCUUUGAGGAUGCUCAGGGUCACAUUUGGUUCUUCCAAGGUGCUCAGUACUGGGUGUACGACGGUGAAAAACCAGUCCUGGGUCCUGCAUCCCUCUCUGAGCUGGGCCUGUUGGAAUCCCAAAUCCAUGCCGCCUUGGUCUGGGGUUCCAAGAAGAACAAAGUCUACUUUUUCCGUGGCGGGGACUACUGGCGUUUCUACCCAACCACCCGGCGUGUGGAAAGCCCUGUGCCCCGCCGGGCUACGGACUGGCGAGGUGUGCCCUCAGAGAUUGAUGCUGCCUUCCAGGAUGCCGAUGGCUAUGCCUACUUCCUGCGUGGCCGCCUCUAUUGGAAGUUCGAUCCUGUGAAGGUAAAGGCAGUGGAGGGCUUCCCCCGUCUGGUGAGCUCCGACUUCUUCGACUGUGCCGAGCCUGCCAACACUUUCCGCUGACCCCAGCCAGCCUGGAUGGCCCUGGAGGUUGCUGACUCCUGCCAGGUUGCUGACAUUGGAACGCUUCGGUGGUCAUCUGUGGCUCUGGGCGCCAAGCACAGGAUGGCACCCUCAGUAUCCUCAGGGGUGUAGUCACCUCGACAACCGCAGGGAGGGCCACGCGGGUCGUGGUCACCUACCAGCAACUGACUGUCUCAGACUGGGUAGGGAAGGGGGUGGUAUUACUUGAGGGGUGAGGGCAGUCCUAGGGCAGACCUGUCCCACCUGUGCAGGUCAUGGUCAACCCUGGCUGUCCUCCCCCUGUACCUGCAACCCUCAGGGUAGGACUUCAGCCAGGCUGGGGGAUCUGAGGCAUCCUCCUAGCCCUGCUGUGAGGUUUCUGUGAGGCACUGUACCAGAACAGGGAUGCUAGGGGUUCCCCAGGGCCUUCCUCUCACCUUCCGGAAGGACCACAGCACCAGAGGCCUUUCCUAGAGCUCUGGGUUGGUGCUUGGACCUGGUUGGCUUCCGGCUAGUGACCCUCAGAACCCUACUCCCUGGGAGGCAGAUCCAGAGGUCCCUCUACCUGCUGCUGGGUGGGGACGGGAGUAGGAUUCCUCCUGCCAGAGAUUUUGGGCCUGGCAACCCCAACAUACCUCAAUCCUGACCCUGGGAGCGGGGCCAGAUCCCCAGUUCCCUCGUUCCGUUCCAGCACUGGUGUUCUCCAAAGCCAUGU